CAGUUUUGUGUUGUGAGUUGUUAUUUUCAACUUGAGAGUUCUUGCCUUUAGAAGGAAACAAGUCAUCACUUUCCAGUUUUGGUUCUGUUAAGCUUUUUAUAUUCAGAUUUCUAGUGUUUGAAGACAAUUAAGGUGGUGGAAAACUUGAAACAUGGAUAUUAGCCAAAUGCUCGACAACCCGCCUAAGAAUGUGGGUCAUCGACAUGCUCCUUCAGAGAUAUUUAUGCUUCCUGAUGAUAUAAGUUUUGAUAGCGAUCGUGGUGUAGUCAGUGGACUGGAUGGACAAUCUCUUUCGGAUGAGACUGAGGAGGAUUUCGUCUCUAUGUAUCUUGACUUGGAUAAGUUUAACUCUUCAUUCCAAGUCGGUGAGUCAUCUUCAGGGGCAGCUUUAACACCUUCGAGGACUGACAAUGCCAGUGAGAUGCUUACUUCGGGCGGAGAAGAGCCUUCUGCAGCUGAGAUUAAGAAAGCCAAGUCAGCAGCAAAGCUAGCUGAGCUCGCUCUUAAAGAUCCGAGACGUGCUAAGAAGAUUAUGGCAAACAGGCAGGCAGCUUUGAGAUCAAUGGAAAAGAAAAAGAGAUACAUAACAGAGCUCGAGAGGAAAGUGCAAGCUCUGCAAACUGUAGCGACUCCUAUGUUUGCUCAAUUGACAUCGUUGCGGAGUGAUACAAAUGGUCUGGCUGCAGAAAACAGUGAACUUAAACUGCAGUUGCAAACAAUGGAACAAGAGGAGCACUUGCAAGAAGCAUUGUAUGAUGCGCUAGCAGAGGAGAUGCAAAAUCUCAGAGUGCUAACUGGCCAAGACAUAGCAAAUGCUGGACCAACGAUGAACUUUCCAGCAUCCAUUGGAAGCAAUCAGCAAGUUUACUCUAACAACCAUGCAAUGCAUGCAUUAUCGACUGCACAACAGCUUCAACAGCUCCAGAUACAUUCUUACAAGCAUCAGUUGCAGCAAGCUGGAGAUGUGAAAUUGACAAGUUCAGGUUCAUCUGCUAAAGAUGAGCAUUCUUCUGAGAUCAGAAGGGAUUGAAAACUGCGGGCAAUGAAGACUUAUGUGUACUCUCGAGUCUUGAUGAUGUCAUAUAGCUCAUCGUUGAUUAUCUUUCAUCAGCUGCUCGUGCAUUUUAGUGCUUCCUAGGGUCUUAGUGAUGUUGUAGUUGAAAUCGUCUAGCCGUACUUCUUUUGCAUGUCGUCGUAUUCAACAAGGACUUCUUUAUAUGACUAGUGUUUUUAGUAUUAGUUGGUUUUGCACCUAAAACACUAAGCAACUGCAGUUUCUUUA